GAGGAGGAGGAGGAGGAGGCGGAGGAGGAGGAAGAGGACGUGGAGGUGAUGAGGAAGAGAGGCGGCGCGGAUGGAGAGGGAGGAGGGCGACUACCAUGUGACCACAGCAGCUUUUAACGGGCAGCGCAGACCGGGAGCAGGUGGAGCCGCGCGCGUUACCUGUCGACAGGUGAGAGGAGCCAGGCUGGAUCCGCAGUAUGCUGAGGGAGUGCCCUCGCCCGGAAACAUGUACGUGAGUUACCUGCAGCUGGAGAAGGACUCUGCCAUGUACCCGCACCAGAACCCGGUGACCCGCCACCCGGGGCUCAGCUUGAGCCCGCAGAACUUUCCGGUCCCUGCCCCGCCACAGUACUCAGACUUUGGCUACCACCACCACCACCACCCCCACGGCAUCAGCAACGACCCGCACUCGGCCCAGCAGCCCGGGCCGGGCACCGGCUGGAGCUACCCGCCUCCGCCUCCGCCCACGCGGGACGACUGGUCGACGCACCACUACGGCCAUCCAGCCGCUGCCGCGGCCGCGGCGGCUGCUGCCGCGGCCGCGGGGGGAGGACCUUCCACGCCCGCCAUGCCCGGCGCCGUGGGUCCGCUGGGGUUCAGCCCCCAGGAGUUUCCAGGGCAGCCGCUGCUGCCGCAGACAGCGGGGCAGCUGUCCCCCGGGUCGCCGCAGAGGCGGAACCCGUACGACUGGAUCAGACGCUCCUCCGAACGACCCCCCAACCCAAAUGGAAAGACGCGGACUAAAGAUAAGUACCGGGUGGUUUACACUGACCACCAGCGUCUGGAACUGGAGAAGGAGUUCCACUACAGCAAAUACAUCACCAUCAGGAGGAAGGCAGAGCUCGCCACAUCCCUCAGCCUGUCGGAGAGACAGGUGAAGAUCUGGUUCCAGAACCGCCGGGCCAAAGAGCGCAAGAUCAACAAGAAGAAGCUUCAGCAGCCGGCCUCCUCCACCACCACACCUACCCCUCCGAUUGGCAGCAGCGGCAAUGUGGGAGGGGGAGGCAGUCUCCAUGGAAACAGCAGCAUCACCAUGGUGACCAGCAGCAGCGGAAGCAGCGGGCUAGUUUCACCUUCAUCCCUGCCUCUGAACAUCAAAGAGGAGUACUGAGGAUAGGUCUGCUGGCGCUGGUGUCAGGGAAAUGGACGGAUACUUGUCCUAUCACUUCCCAGCUCUUCUCUAACAGCUGAAGUCUGAUGACAGUGAGCAGAAGGCAAUGGUCCUAGCACCAGCAUGUUACACCUCUCUUCGGACCGUUGCUAAGGAUAACUUCAAACUGUUACUCUGCUCGAUGGGAUGUCAGCGAUUGAAGUAAUUAAAGGUGAUUGAAGGAAGGAAGUUGAACCUUGUCAACACCCAAAUGUCAUGCUUAUAGCACAAAAAUGGGUUUGGAAGAGUACAGCUACUCUACAUUGUUUACCUUGGUAAACAAUUAGGUCAUCACUGACUGAGGACCAGCAGAGCUCGUUCUCAUGAUUCCUCCCAUCAGUCAAAUGGGUUCAGUGACUAAAUGAGUAGGUUCGUGAGAUGUGAUUUGAAACACUCAAACCUUCGUCAGAUAUGAAACAUAACUAAGGGUAACACUGACGUUCAGAUCUUUGCUUGAUGAUGCUGCAUAAUUUAUCUUGUUUCAGUUGCAACUGUGUGCAACUGUUGUACUCUCCUCAAACCUUAACUUAAGUAUCCCAGACAGACACGCACGCACGCACGCACGCACGCACGCACACACACACUCAGACUCUUCAGGCUCCAUUUGAUUCCUUUUGUGUAAAAUGGCUGAUUUUUCUUGUCAGACUGUAUCAUGUGUAUAUGUUAAAUUGUAAUUUUAUUAAAUUCUGAAAGCUUUAUUGUAAAAAUGACUUCUGCUCAUUUC